AUGGUUAUAUCUGGUGCGAAAAAUGAAGGCGCUUUAUGUUAUUUAUUAGAAAUAGAUAAUGAAGUAGAAAUAUUACCUGACUGUGGCUGGAACGAUGAAUUUAAUUUAGAUGAUUUGAAGCAUUUGAGAUGUGCUUAUCCAUAUGCAUUUGACUACUUUGGUCUUAAUUAUACUGUUUAUGCAACAGUUCCUGUCAUUCGUAUGGGUAGAAUGUGUAUGUAUGAUAUUUAUCAAUCAAAAGUUAACGAAAUAGAAUUUAAUACUCUUGCAUUGGAUAAUGUUGAUUUGGCUUUUGAGAGAAUUAACGUUUUAAAAUAUUCUCAACCAAUGAUUUUAGGAGAUGGAGCUGUUUUGCAUAGUAAUGGUGUUGUUUUAGAUGCUUUAAGUCAACCUUCUUUAAUGAUAACUGAUGCUUAUAAUUCACUUGUAAUCCAUCCACCAAGGAAAUUACAUGAUACUGCAUUAUUCGGAAUUGUUAAAUCAGCAACUUCUUUGGAUUUAACUAUCAACUUGAUGAUUAAUAAAAAGGUUCCUUUAGAAGGGGUGGAACUUUUAGAAUAUAAAGCAAUGCAAUGCAAGAAGCAGGAAAGAGAGGCAGCACAACCAGCACUCGUUGCUAAAUCUUUGUCAAUAAUUGAAGAAGAUGAGGCAGAUGAUGAAAAGUCAGAAGCAGGAGAUGCAGACAUGGAAGAAUUAUUGGCAAAACAAUUUGACCUUUAUGUUCGUGAUGUAACAAAGUAUGGUGGUUUUUUCAAACAAUUGCAAAGUUAUUUGAUGUAUCCAUAUAUUGAAAAAAGGAAAAGAUAUGAUGAUGACUAUGGUGAAAUUAUCCCGCCUGAUAUGUUUAAAAGAAUUGAUGGAUCAAUUGGUAAUGAUGGAAUCGGUGUUGAACCAAUUGGUGAUAGAGAGGAUAUGGGUGGUGGUGAUAGAGAGGAGCUUGAUAAAGAUAGUAAUCAUUCUUCUUUGGAUUCUAAUGUUCCAACAAAAUAUGUAUCAUAUAAUGAAGAUGUUACAUUCAAAUGUCAAAUACAAUUUAUAUACUUGGAAGGAACUAAUGACAGAAGAUCAUUGAAAACCAUAGUACUGCAAGUACAACCUAGAAAAUUAGUAAUAAAAUAUUGUUUUUUAUUCAUAAAUAGUUGUGGCUAUGAAGCAACAAAAGAUUUUGCUCAAAGCUGUUUAGCUCUGGAAUCAAUGACUAAAAACAUUUAUACACCAGAUGUUGGAGAAACUUUGAAUGUUUCAGCUGCAAUAAAUUUCUAUCAAGUCAAACUGACUGAUGCAUUUGUUAGUUCAUUAAAUUUUUUAAAGCUUGAAGAUUAUGAUAUAGCAUUCAUAAUGGGAAAAUUUUCAUUCCCACAAGACUAUUCUCUCCCUAUAUUAGAUGCUAUACCAAUAGAAGAAAACACUAGUAAUAAUAAUCCUAUAUUUGUAGGUGAAGUGAAGUUAUCAAAAUUAAAACAUUUAUUACAAUCUGAAGGUAUCAAAGCUGAAUUUAAAGGUGAAGGUGUGUUAUUUUGUAAUGAAAAAGUUACCAUUAAAAAGGACAAUGCUAAACCAGUUGCUGGGCCACCAAGAUCAAAGGAUAAAGGUAAAAGUAAUAAAAAUAGUAAAUGA